CGUUUUGCGAAGACCCUUCGAUCUCUAUCUAUCGGUACAUGGGUACAUCUAUACCAAACAUUCGCCUGCCCCAAAUUGGAUUUCGCCAAGAAGAGUCGGAAACUAUAUAUGGUUUGAAUUUCGGAAGUGCGAUUUGAAAGCCAUAGAUGGAUGAAGAAUCUGAAUUUGCCUGAUUUUGAACAUUGAUCAUCGGUUUUGAAGAGUAUUUACCUGCGAUAUUAGAGCUCUUAAUUGACUUUGCGCACUGCAACGGCGAUUUAGGGUUCGUUGAAGGCUGGAGCAACUGUUUCUAGCCUUUGAAGAGAUUGAUUCUCCAAGUUCACUUUUUAAGGUCUGCGAAGCAACGAUCUAUGUUCAAUGAUGAUGAUGCACGAUCUGCCCUCACCAACAUGUACGAGUAUUCACCAGUAGAUGGGUUUGUAGAGAUCUCACAAGGGUUGGGAGACAUGAUCAAAUCCUUAGCAAAUGAACCCUCAAUGGGCCUUUUCUACAUUCAACAACACACUCACAAUGCUGUUCCAAACCUCGUAAGCAUCAAUAAAAACAUCAUGACCAAAUCCCGCGAAAUGAGUCUACACACAGAAGAUUCAGAGGAUUCAAUCACAAUGCUGAGAUCAAUGAAGGAAUCUGGAUUCCCUAUUGUUGAUGACAUGGUUAAAGACAUCACAAAAUCUUUAGCUAUCAUGUCAUCAAAACAACCGAAAAAAGGGUUGUUGAAUAGUAACAAAUCUUUUUCGGGAACAACAACAAUGUCUGGGACUGGUAGUUAUUUAUCAUCUGCUUUCAAGUCUGCAAAAUUAAAAGCAACGAAUCUGAAAUGGGCUUCAGUUGAAACCUCGGAAUCAUCAAUGGAGGAAGAAUUGCCUGUAUCAAGUGAGAAUGGGAAUGAAGAUAAAGAUGAAUUGAUAUUGAACCUGUCAAGGUCUGAAAAAUUUGAUGAAUUUAAAGCAGAUAAAGAGGCCAAACUGGAGGAAUGGUUAGGAGGUAGUGACGAUUGAUGAAUAAAUAAAGUUUGUAAAUUUAAAAUUGUUGUAAUAAACAAUGGCUGAAUCGUUUUUUAGAAAGAUUAUGUAAAGAGAAUGCCCAAAACCUAAA